AUGCUAACUUCAACCUCAUCUCCUACACGGUCGUUUUAUGAUCCGCCAGACCCUUACAAUCCUGCUAUUGUUGAUGACCUUCUCCGUGGCGCCAAUGACUGGAGGAACAUUCAAGACAUCGUUCGCCUCACUUUCAAAGCUCUCAGUGACACAGUCAGAGCACAAGGCCAAGCUCUCAAAGAAAUCGAGCGUCAAAUGCCAUCUCGCCUUACCCGCUCUGAAUUCCACUCCGCGCUUGCCCAAAAAGCUGAUUUUACUACAGUUUCUGAACAAAUAGCUGAUUUACGGACUUCUUUAGAAAACAGAAGCACUUUUAUAGAGCUCCAAGCCAGAAUUGAUGACAAAGUCUCUCAUAGUGAACUCAGCUAUCUUCUAAGCACAAAAGCAUCAAUUGAUGACUUAAACGUAAUUGCAGACGCAAAAAUAUCAGCCAAUGAGAUGAAAUCAACUGUUCACGAUAUUUAUUCAAGGCUAGAGUUUAUUCAAUCAGAGAUAAAUCGUCAAAUUCAAGCAUUGCCAACAAUGAAAGACUUAGAAGAGCUCAGUUUUGAGGUCAAAGGAAAAGCAGGCAUAAAAGAUGUAGAAGACAUGCUGAAGUUUUUAGAUGACAAGCAGACCUCAACUGUGGGGAAAAAAGCUAAUAGGAAUGAUGUGGACAGUGCACUUAGCAGAAAAGCAGACUUAGCAGACAUCAAAAAGAUCAUGGGAGCACUAGAGACGAAAGCAGAACAGGAAUGUGUAGAACAAAUCCAGGCUGCUCUUGACGACAAAGUUGACAGAGGCGAGCUCAAUCAAGUAAUUAUUAGAGACAUAAGCCAAAAAGCAGACAGAAGAGAAAUCGACGCUUUACAAGAGUUCACGAGGGAAAUCAAAAGAGACCUAGAAACCAGGGUUUCUGACGCCAGCAUCAACAUUGAAUCCUAUUUCAAAUCCCUCAAGAACGAAACUGAACAAAUAAGAACUUCCUUUGCCACAAGCCUCGGCAACAAAGCAGAUGUCAGAGAAAUUGACAAAAUCCUUACAGGUCUGCACAGAAAAGCAGAAACAGACCACGUCAACGACUGGAUUAAUCUCGCUAAAAAAGAGUUCAGUGAGCAGCUAAAUGCUAAGACCUCAGAGCUGAAAGCCCAACUCAGGAACCAUGAAGAAGCCAUUUUUGAAAAAACCACAAAUAACGAGCAAGCUUCUAAAAGCCUAGACCAUGACGUAAAAAAUAUAAAAGACCAGCUCAAAGCGCUCCUCGAGGAAAAAAAAAUCGAUAAAGACGAAAACUUAAAAUUCGUGAAAAAUUCGAUUUCGCAAAGCAAAAGCGAAAUUAAUGCAGAUAUUCACACAAUUUCUGAAGAAAUAGAUAGGAUUAUGAGGACUAUAGAAGAAAUAAACUCAGUGAAGUCUUCAAAAGACGAACUGAGUGAUUUAUAUGACCAAAUAUCAGCAAGGAUGGAAGAGAAAGCUGACCACAGCGACUUAGACAAAAUUGUUUCAAAUGCUCAGAGGGAUUCUUUGAACUCAGUGCAGUCCUUAAAAGAUGAUUUUAGGGUCAAGGUGUCUCGGCUGGAAAAUGAAAUUUACUCAAAACUUGACCAAAAAGUGUCCAUGGCUGAACUUCAUACCUAUUUAAGCGAAAAAGUCGACGUAUCUCAAGUAAACCGGCUUAUAGGCUCCAAAGCUUCUCAAGACGAAAUCACCACAGUCCGACGUGAAAUAGAACGAAUCUUCCAAGAGCUUAAACUCCGCGCUCUCAAAGAAGAUAUGGAGCAUCAUAUUUUGACUACGAAAAACGCCUUAGAAGAAGUAGGAAAAGACAUGCUUCUAAAAGCCAGCAUAAAAGAUAUUUGCACCUUAUUAGACAUGAAGGCAAGCGUAGAAGACGUAAACCAAGCCCUUAUGGACAUCCACAAAGAGCUAGACACCAAGGCAAACCAUCAAGAAGUCGUCGAACAUAUGAACGAGCAGUCAUUAAUUAAUGAAGCCUUGUGCAGCGAAAAUACAGUAGGAAGAUGGAUAUGGAAAAGCAGCGAGGUCAAGAACGGCUUUGCGAUUCCCUGGGAAAUUCAGAGUGUUAACACUUGUCCAGAAAAUUUCUUGUGGGAGCCUGAAGGGACUAAUUUAAUUGUGGUGGCGCCAGGGCUGUAUGAGGUGAUGUUUGGGUUUUAUUCAAAAAAGAAGCCAACGGUACAGCUGCUGGUAAACGGAGAACCGAUAUUGUCUGCAGUGAAUAAUGCAUCGUAAGGAAUAUUUAGAUAUGUAAUACACCAUAGCAGUGGACGGCUAAAAGGGGUAAAUUCUCAUGCGUCAGGAAAUAUUACAGGGCUGACCUUGAUUGACUUCUUAGCAUUGCCAGCAAGAUCAAGGCUCUCAAUUUCGUAUACAGGAGACUCAAACGCAGAAGGAUUCUUUGGAUUGAGGAAGCUUUAG